AAUCACAUCAAUUAUGGUCGAUAUACAUCGAAUUUUACCUGCUGAUUGGGACAUUAUAUAUCUUGGUCAUUGUAAUAAUUCUGAAGGUCAAUCUGGUGAACCUUUACCAGGCAGUGAUAAUAAUUCAUCUGAUUAUAAAUUAUUUAAAUCUGAGAAGCCAUAUUGCACAUUUGCCUAUGCUGUCUCAUAUGCUGGUGCUCUUAAGUUAUUAGAAAAACUUGGCAACUCAACAAAAUCAUCACAUAAACCACUUGAUGUAGAACUAGUUAACAUUAUUCAAUCGAAAGAAAUUAACUCAUAUACUCUUGUACCGCCAAUUAUCAUUAAAUCCGAAAAAUCACAUUCUGAUAAAGAAAUUUCUUACAUACAUAUUUUAAAAAAUUCUACUAGAGAAUAUUUUAA